AUGACGGACCCGAGAGCAUCAGGAAAGCUUCUGUUCGGACUCUUACUGUUAGAGACAUGGAUUGGCUUUAUCCAUACACUCAUUGACCUGGAGCCUGUUCUGCACGAGACAUCUCUGCUCAAGCCCAAAGUGGUCAUUGCGGUUUUGGCCCGUAACAGCGAACACAGCCUUCCUUAUUUUCUGGGAUGCAUUGAGAGACUGGAUUAUCCCAAGGACCGCAUCUCUAUCUGGGCCGCUGCCGACCACAAUAUUGAUAACACCACUGCAGUGCUGCACGAAUGGCUGUCUGGAGCAGAGCGUUCGUAUCAUUCAGUACAUCUGCAGACCGAGGAGAAGGAGGACAGUGGUUACGUGGGUGAACUGGGUCCCAAGCACUGGCCGGAGACUCGGUUCAGUCACGUGAUGAAACUGAGGCAGGCUGCGCUCACGUCGGCCCGGGCUCGGUGGGCAGACUACAUCCUGUUCGCAGACAGCGAUAACCUGCUGACAAACACACAAGUGCUGAAUCAACUGAUUGCCGAGAAUCGGACGCUGGUUGCUCCGAUGCUAGAGUCAAGGACACUUUAUUCAAACUUUUGGUGUGGAAUGACCUCACAGGGGUAUUACAAGCGAACGCCGCAUUAUGUUCCCAUUCGUAACUGGAAGCGUACUGGUUGCCACCCGGUUCCCAUGAUUCACUCCACAAUGCUGAUAGACCUCCGACGCAGCGCUAGUGCAGCCCUAGCCUUUCACCCCGUGCACCAUUACUAUCUUUGGGCCUUGGAUGAUAUUAUGGCUUUUGCGUUUUCUGCAAGACAAGCCGGUGUGCAGAUGUUCAUAUGUAACCGAGAGCAUUAUGGGUACCUGCCGGUGCCACUGAAUACAGAGCAGACUCUGGAGGAAGAAGUGGAGAGCUUCAGCCACACUGUCACAGAAGCACUUAUUGACUUCAAAUUGGAAACCUCACAUUUUCUGCACAUAUCUUCCAAACCUAAAGACACCAUGGCAUUCAAUCAGGUCUAUUUGAUUAAUCUAAAGCGCCGGGAAGAUCGUAGAGAUCGUAUGCUGCGCUCAUUGGAGGUGCUGGGCAUAGACGUCACCAUCACCGAAGCGGUGGAUGGCAAAGCCCUGAAUUCAACUCAGCUAAGAGCUUUAGGAAUUGAGAUGCUCCCUGGUUAUAAAGAUCCUUACUCUGAUCGUGUGCUAACUAAGGGUGAAAUAGGUUGCUUCCUUAGUCAUUACAACGUCUGGAAAAAGGUGGUGGAGCUCCAGCAACAGCAGGUGCUUGUACUGGAGGAUGAUGUCAGGUUUGAGCCUAGCUUCAAGAGCCGCCUCAACACUAUCAUGGAGGACGUGAAACAAUCAGGCCUCCACUGGGACUUAAUUUACGUGGGGCGUAAACGAUUGCAAAUUAAGCAUCCAGAGAACUGGGUGGAGGGAGUGAAGAACCUGGUGAUCCCAGAUUACUCUUAUUGGACACUCGGCUAUGUCCUUUCACUGCGGGGGGCAAAGACGCUUCUGGAGGCCCAGCCGCUCAGCAAGAUGCUGCCUGUGGAUGAGUUUCUGCCAGUUAUGUUUAACAAGCACCCCGAGGAGGAUUACAUGUCCCAUUUUAAACAGAGGAACUUGAAGGCUUUCUCUGUGCAACCCCUGCUGCUCUUUCCCACGCACUACACUGGGGAAGCAGGGUAUUUCAGCGACACCGAGACCUCCACCAUCUGGGACAAUGAGACCGUGGCCACUGACUGGGACCGCCAUCACAUCCGUGGAGACCGCAGUCGUGGCGAUAAGAGCCCAACACCCACCUCUGAGAGCAGCCUGAAAGACGAACUCUGAUUAAGCUCUUACAGAAUUAAUAAAGAACAUGUCAGAUGACAGCACAAGGGAAAAGACGUGGAUGUGGAGUCAAAUACAUAUUUCUGGAUGUAGUGAACGAAAGUGAUACAGCUAAGCAUCUGCACCAAUUAUUAGUUAUCUUUUUUUGU